AUGAAUCCAGCCAACCAUUCUCAAGUGACAGGUUUUGUGCUUCUGGGGCUCUCUCAAAUAUGGGAACUUCGAGUCUUCUUUUUCACUGUCUUCUCUGUUGUGUAUCUUAUGACUGUAACUGGAAAUCUCCUCAUCGUGUCUGUAGUAACCUCUGACCCACGGCUGCAUACAACCAUGUACUUUCUUUUAGCCAAUUUAUCUUUCCUGGAUUUCUGCUAUUCUUCUAUUACAGCACCUCGGAUGUUGGCUGAUCUGCUCUCAGGCAACCCCACCAUUUCAUUUGGUGGCUGUUUGACCCAACUCUUCUUUUUCCACUUCAUUGGUGGCAUCAAGAUAUUCCUGCUAACUGUCAUGGCCUAUGACCGUUACGUUGCCAUUUCCCAGCCCCUGCGCUAUACGCUCAUUAUGAACCAGACUGUCUGUGGAUUCCUCAUGGCAGCUUCCUGGCUGGGAGGUUUUAUCCACUCGAUUGUCCAGGUUGGACUGACUAUCCAGCUGCCAUUCUGUGGGCCUGACAAACUGGAUAACUUUUAUUGUGAUGUCCCUCAAUUGAUCAAAUUAGCCUGCACAGAUACCUUUGUCUUAGAGCUACUGAUGGUGUCUAACAAUGGCUUAGUGACCUUGAUGUGCUUUCUUGUGCUCCUGGGUUCUUAUUCAGCACUCCUAUUCAUGUUACGAAGCCACUCAAGGGAGGGUCGAAGUAAGGCGUUGUCCACCUGUGCCUCCCAUAUUGCUGUGGUGACCUUAAUCUUUGUGCCUUGCAUCUAUAUAUAUGCAAGGCCAUUUCGGACUUUCCCAAUGGAUAAGGCAGUCUCUGUACUGUACACAAUGGUUACCCCCAUGCUGAAUCCUGCCAUAUAUACCCUGAGAAACAAGGAAGUGAUCAUAGCCAUGAAGAAGCUGUGGAGGAGACAAAACUUCCUUCUUAGUCCCCCAGAACAUUGA